AUGUCAUCUGGACCAACAUUUAAUUUUUAUUAUACCUACGGAGGAGCAUUAUGUUUUCUAGUCUGCAAAGAUAAGGGACAUAUAGACACAGGCAAAUAUAAGGGACAUAUAGACACAGUCAAAGAUGAGGGACAUAUAGACACAGUCAAAGAUGAGGGACAUAUAGACACAGGCAAAGAUAAGGGACAUAUAGACACGGGCAAAGAUAAGGGACAUAUAGACACAGGCAUAGAUCAGGAACAUAUAGACACAGUCAAAGAUGAGGGACAUUUAGACACAGUCAAAGAUGAGGGACAUAUAGACACAGGCAAAGAUAAGGGACAUAUAGACACAGUCAAAGAUAAGGGACAUAUAGACACAGGCAAAUAUAAGGGACAUAUAGACACAGGCAAAGAUAAGGGACAUAUAGACACAGUCAAAGAUGAGGGACAUAUAGACACAGGCAAAUAUAAGGGACAUAUAGAAACAGGCAAAGAUAAGGGACAUAUAGACACAGUCAAAGAUGAGGGACAUUUAGACACAGUCAAAGAUGAGGGACAUAUAGACACAGGCAAAUAUAAGGGACAUAUAGACACAGUCAAAGAUGAGGGACAUAUAGACACAGUCAAAGAUGAGGGACAUAUAGACACAGUCAAAGAUGAGGGACAUAUAGACACAGGCAAAGAUAAGGGACAUAUAGACACAGUCAAAGAUAAGGGACAUAUAGACACAGGCAAAUAUAAGGGACAUAUAGACACAGUCAAAGAUGAGGGACAUAUAGACACAGUCAAAGAUGAGGGACAUAUAGACACAGUCAAAGAUGAGGGACAUUUAGACACAGUCAAAGAUGAGGGACAUAUAGACACAGGCAAAUAUAAGGGACAUAUAGACACAGUCAAAGAUGAGGGACAUAUAGACACAGUCAAAGAUGAGGGACAUAUAGACACAGUCAAAGAUGAGGGACAUAUAGACACAGGCAAAGAUAAGGGACAUAUAGACACAGGCAAAGAUAAGGGACAUAUAGACACAGGCAAAGAUGAGGGACAUAUAGACACAGGCAAAGAUAAGGGACAUAUAGACACAGUCAAAGAUAAGGGACAUAUAGACACAGGCAAAGAUAAGGGACAUAUAGACACAGUCAAAGAUAAGGGACAUAUAGACACAGUCAAAGAUGAGGGACAUAUAGACACAGGCAAAUAUAAGGGACAUAUAGAAACAGGCAAAGAUAAGGGACAUAUAGACACAGGCAAAGAUAAGGGACAUAUAGACACAGGCAAAUAUAAGGGACAUAUAGACACAGUCAAAGAUGAGGGACAUAUAGACACAGUCAAAGAUGAGGGACAUUUAGACACAGUCAAAGAUGAGGGACAUAUAGACACAGGCAAAUAUAAGGGACAUAUAGACACAGUCAAAGAUGAGGGACAUAUAGACACAGUCAAAGAUGAGGGACAUAUAGACACAGUCAAAGAUGAGGGACAUUUAGACACAGUCAAAGAUGAGGGACAUAUAGACACAGGCAAAUAUAAGGGACAUAUAGACACAGUCAAAGAUGAGGGACAUAUAGACACAGUCAAAGAUGAGGGACAUAUAGACACAGUCAAAGAUGAGGGACAUAUAGACACAGGCAAAGAUAAGGGACAUAUAGACACAGGCAAAGAUAAGGGACAUAUAGACACAGGCAAAGAUGAGGGACAUAUAGACACAGGCAAAGAUAAGGGACAUAUAGACACAGUCAAAGAUAAGGGACAUAUAGACACAGGCAAAGAUAAGGGACAUAUAGACACAGUCAAAGAUAAGGGACAUAUAGACACAGUCAAAGAUGAGGGACAUAUAGACACAGGCAAAUAUAAGGGACAUAUAGAAACAGGCAAAGAUAAGGGACAUAUAGACACAGGCAAAGAUAAGGGACAUUUAGACAGGCAAAGAUAA